CUGCUGUAUAUUGUACGAAUGCUCAUAACUCCGGAAGAUCUUGUAAGGAAGAGAUAAAACGCUUGGGAGAAUUUAUCAACUAUAUUUAAAAGAUAAAGUUGAAUAACCAUACAAUGGUAAGUGUUAUAAAUUGACUGAUUAAUUUUAUUCAACGUACAAACUUCUGUUUAAAAUCAACAGUCGCUAAUGAUGAAUUUUGGCAAGCUUUUCAGAUUCCUGUGACUAGUUCCAUUGGCGAGUUUACACUUUGGAACUACAUUUAUUGAUGAACGAAAGAACUGACAGCCGACGGAAGAACGCGGGUUUUUUUAAACGUGGACCAGUUUUUGGCAAAAUGAUGGAUGAUAGGAAUAAUAAUGCCCGUAAUGGGCUGGGGAUAGACAAACAAGAAGAAAUACGGGCAGACACGAACUCUCAAAUAUUUCCUACUGAAAUGACGGUGGGUAACACAAACCAAAAUCUACCUCAAAGCAACUCACAGCAUCAAAAAAAGAAAUAUUCCCGUACUCUAUCAGAAACCAAUGUGGGAUAUCGAGCAGUAAGCAGUACAGCUAAGCUAAAACGUGUAUUGUCUGCGACCGAGUUAAGGACUCGCUUGGCAGGCUGUCCUAAAGGAUUACUUAUUGCAACGGAACCUCCGAAGUCUGGGGAGUCAUAUCGGCGUAGAUCUAAUACUGAUGUCAAAGCAGUAUUAGGGAAGAAGCAUCGGUCGAAAAAUGAUGAAACGCUCAGCGAUGGUUUGUACCAGGAGCACACAAAUUUUCAACAGGUAAACUAGGUAUAUAAUUAAUAGUAUACUUCAAAUUUGUUGAUGGGAGAUGAUAUUAAUGGUCUUUUAGUUUCAUAAUCCUUUAUAUCAUUUUUGACGUCGGGCAUUGAUCUUGUUGCAAUUUAUCAAGUAUUUUUUGUUUUGAUUUUUCCCACCAGCGAUCGCGCGUAAUUUUUUAUAUAAAUCACCAAAUCAUUAUAUCGACUUGUUUCAGAAAACUUGUUUGAAAGUAUUUAACUAUUAACUAGUGUUUCGUAUUUGACAUAUCAAACUUGACAAAAUAUGAGAUUGUGACUUUUAAAUGAAGAUUUAAUAACUUGCAACAUUGGCCUUCAGUGUUUGUUCAUGUGAUCGUCACGGGUUAACAAUGCAUGCUGAUUGUUGUAAUGAUGUAAGUAAACUUCUUCACAGGAGAAAGAAAUCCUUCUUCUCGAACUAGAGACGGUAAAACGCGAACGGGAACAACUUCAAAAAGAAAACGAAAAACUACAGCAAGAAUUGGAAAACAGAAAUAAAGUUAUUGACCAUUUAAUAGAUUUUAUGGUAAGUACCAGAUAGACAAACUCGCGGUUAAAGUUAUUUCAUGACUUUAAAUAAUUCACAUGUCCAUAGUUACUAGGACAAAGGUAACUAAGGUAUUACAAUUAUCUAUAUGUUGUCCAUAUUAUAUGAUUCCGCGUCCAAUGAAAUGGAAUCCAACUUAUUCGGACCAAUGGACCUUUCCCCUUAUAACUAAAAUUUUGAUCUGGACAAAAAUUUCAUCACAGCUUGAAAGAGCAUGACAAAAUUAGUAAUAUUCGGAAGUUUCGUUACGAAAUGUUGUAAAAUGCGGAUAAUAUAGCCCUGCGAAAUUUGCAAUUUUCAGUCAUUUUGUAUUACAAACGGGAAAUUGAUGCCCCAACACCCGAUUGGGCUGUCAAUUUCCCAUGCGUAAUACAAAAUGACUGAAAAACGGCAAACUUCGCAAGGCUAUUAUCCGCAUUUUACAACAUUUCGCAACGAAACUUUGGAAUAUUACUAAUUUUGUGAUGCUCUUUCAAGCUGUGAUGAAAUUUUUGUCUAGAUCAAAAUUUUAGUUAUAAGGGGAAAGGUCCAUUCACAUCUUGCAUAAUCAAAUGUUUUAUUUCUUCAAUUUUUGUAGAAGUCAAGUCUACCAGGAGAGGCUCAGGAAUUGGGAGAUGGUUUUAAUGAAACUUUAACAAACAACAGUCUAAACAGAACGCAAUCUGUCGAAAAAGUGUAAUGUACUGAGUUUCAAGCAAUGGACCCUACCAGAAAGUACGCCAUAUUGGCUUUACCUUUGGAGCCUCGCUCUCGUAUAUGACAUUAGUUAAAUCCGCGCGUCUCUAUCACGAAAACGAGGUCCUAUAGCCAAAGUGACAUACUUUCCGAAAGAGUCGGUUGUGUUCUUUAAACAAAUAAUGAAAAAUAUUCUUGCUCAUUAUGUCAUUAGAUUGCGAGUAAAAGUAGUAUGCCUCCGCGCAAGCAACAGAUCAUAGUAGUUAUCGAACGUAUAUUGAAAUAAUGUUGGACGGUCAGAUUGGAAUGGUUGGGUCUUAAUGUUCUUAUAUAGAUUCACCUUUUUAAAUGAAUAGUUAAUAGAAUAGAUGGUUUGGAAACUCAUUAGAAUAACAAUAUAACUCAUUAUCUAUGUUAGUCAACGUUUAUUCAUAAAUCUGGUCGUUCACCGUCACGUGCGUAUUGUAUUUUUGCUCAACUAACCAAUAACAAUGUCUUAGGGAAGUUACCUAUCCGUGACUCGAACAAUAGGGUAAGUUGGAAAUUGCUAUUGGUGGAUUUGGCAAAAAUACAAUACACAUGUGACGGUGAAGGACCAGAUUUAUGAAUAAACGUUGACUAACAUAGAUAAUGAGUAAUAUUGUUAUUCUAGUGAGUUUCCAAACCAUCUAUUCUAUUAACUAUAAAAUAUACUUGACUGUAUUUAUAUCACAUAUACAUUUCUUGUAUAUCAAAUACGAUUUCUUAAGAUUAGCUACUAAUCUGAGUCGGACGUAUUUUGAGCAAACUUAGACGAAUGGCCCAUUAGUUGGCGAUUGUUUUUUGAACUUCCAUUUAGAAUCGGACCUCUCGGGAUGUUAGUUAAGGAGGCUGUAGCUGGUUUAUCUCGAGUGUCACGUCCCAUUCCUACAGCGGUAAAACUCGACGCUCUCGCUUUUAUCUGACUGGAUAACUUAGCCACGUUUGCCCAUCGCGAUACUCCCGGUUUCUUUGGGACCGGAUGUGACGUCAGAAGCGGAUGUGACGUCAGAGGCGGAUGUGACGUCACAGGCGCGUGACUUGUACUUGGUGUAGACUUGAGUAAAGGUGACUUACCGCUGCGUGAUUUUUUACUCCGUUUCGCAUUCGACGUUUUUUGUUUGCGACCAUUUGUUAUGUAAUUGUCCAUUAAAUUACUCAGCAGAGUCAGGUCAGUUUGAAUGGUUGCUAAAGUCUGUUCGUGUUUGUUUUGAAGUGACGUAACCUCUGCUAUAUUGCCAAUGAUAACAUCUAAAUCUGACUUACUUCCUUUACCAAUCUUCUUGCUCAGUCGCUCGGUCAGGAUUUUCUUCAUCUCAUUCAAACCGUCCAGAAUCUGACGGAGGAUCCUCGUUUGCGACACUUCGUCUAUGACGUCAUCUUCGUAAUGUAAUACCUGAAUAGCAAGGGAAGAUAAAACUCCAUUUACACACGUAAAAAUCUCACAACUUGUCAACAAGAUGCGUUCGCAACAGGCUUGUACCACGCUUGUCAACAAGUUGCAACAACGCUGUUAUUUGAUCAAGUUGCUACAAGAUUGUCACUCACAACUUGUUGACAAAUUGUUGAAUUGCAG